UUUCACCAUCUCGACUCAGCCAAUCCAUUUCUAAAUUUUAUAUGACCCCAAUGGGCACUGACGAAAAAUAAGAAGAUGGAGAUGGAUUCGAGCUGAGGCGAAGACCUGACCCAAACGGAAGUCUUCUCCUCUCCCCUUGCUCAGUUCAUUCAGUUGGCCUCCUCGAUCCACCUCCAGCCUCUCAAUUCAAUCGCCAUUGACAACAAUCCGCGAGGCGAGGUGCUUAGUUUCUCAGCCAAGACUCGAGUCGACGCCGGCCAUGGCUUUCUGGGAGGAUUGGGGCAAGGGCGACUGCGACUGCGGCUGGAAGAAGUGCCUCAUCUGGACGGCGGCCAUCGCCGGCGUGGGCGGGCUCAUCGUGCUCCUCGUCUUCGCCUUCGCCCUCGUGUUCCCGCCCAAGGCCACCGCCGACGACGCCGUGCUGCUCCGCCUCGCGCUGUCCCCGGGCUCGCCGCCGUCCAACUCCACCGUCUCCUACAACGCCACGGUGACGCUGUCGCUGCGUAACCCGAACCUGUACCGCGGCAUCAGCUACGACCCCGUCGCGGUGGCCUUCUCCUUCAACGGCACGCGCUUCGACGAGUCCGCCACCGUGCCGGCGUUCUACCAUCGGCCGAGGAAGACGGCGACGUUCCACGUCACGGUGGGCGGCGCGGGCAAGCCCGUCCCCAAGCUCACCGCGGCGGGGGUGGCGGCGUUCAGGGCGGAGAACGCGACGGGGAGGUUCGAGGUGGAGGUGAGGCUGGACACGGUGAUGCAGUACAAGGCGAGGAAGGCGCGGUGCCCGCUCGCCGUCAUCUGCCCGCUGCAGCUGCAGCUCGUCGACCCGGACGUCGCCGCCACCGCGUUCCAGAGGACCAAGUGCACCGUCCUCCGGGCCAAGAAGUCCGGAUGCUAGCUAACCUACCUACCUGCAAUUUUCUCGAGAUUUCAGUUUUCUUUUGCUUGUUCUUGCUUGCUGGAGAUUGUUGCCAUGUAUGAUUGGAAGAUUGCAUUUUGGAUUAGAAAUUGUAAGAUUGGUUAUUGUGUAGUGUGUACUGUGUACUGCUACUCAUCUGGAGAAAUUCGGGACAAUUGGAUAUCCAUAUCCUCUCUGGUUGCCA